UCUUUAGGUUUAUAGUUUUUUACUAUUCUUAACUGUCUUACUAGCAUAAAGAUAUAUGUAUAUAUUUUUACUAUUUUGCUGAUUUUUAUUUUCAAUUUUUUAUUCAUUCAGUCAUUUAUCAUUCUUUGAUUUUGUUUGUUUAUUUCCUUUCUUUCCUUCUUGUUACCUUUCUUCAUAUAAUAUAACAUAAUUGUUUGCAACUUUCAAUAUGACAGCAGAUGAAGAAGAACAAUUUCCUACGUCUAAUGAAUUCAGAAGUGAUACUUUUACCGUUCCUACCAGAGGUAUGAUUGAAGCUAGUUACUUAACUAGUACCUAUGGUGAUUCAGUUUAUAAAGAAGAUGAAAUCACUCUUGAAUUAGAACUGAAAAUGUGUGAAUUAACUGGUAAACCAGCUGCAUUAUUCUGUGUUUCUGGAACCAUGUCAAAUCAAAUUGGUUUAAGAGCCAAUCUUUAUCAACCUCCAUAUAGUAUAUUAUGUGAUUAUAGAUCUCAUGUGUUUUUACAUGAAGCAGGUGGAUUAGCUACGUUAUCUCAAGCUAUGGUUCAUCCUGUUAUUCCAAGUAAUGGGGAUUAUUUAACGUUUGAAGAUGUUAUCAGUAAUAUAACUUUAGAUGAUGGAGAUAUUCAUGCCGCUCCAACUAAAGUUGUUUCAUUAGAAAAUACAUUACAUGGAAUAAUUAUGCCUAUUGAAGAAAUUGCAAAAGUUUCUCAAUUUUGUAAACAAAAUGAUAUUAAAUUACAUUUAGAUGGAGCUCGAUUAUUUAAUGCAUCAGUUGAAACUGGAAUAACCUUAAAAGAAUAUUGUUCAUAUUUUGAUAGUGUAUCAUUAUGUCUUUCUAAAUCAUUAGGAGCUCCAAUUGGAUCGAUAUUAGUGGGAGAAAUUCCAUUUAUAAAUAAAGCUAAUCAUUUUAAAAAACAAUGUGGAGGUGGGAUAAGACAAGCUGGGAUUAUAACAUCAAUGGCUAUUUAUGCUAUUGAUAAUAAUUUAAAAUUGAUUAAAAAAUCUCAUAAUUUUGCUAAACAAGUUGGACAAUUUUGUCAAGAUCAUGGUAUAAUUUUAGAAUCACCAGUGGAUACAAAUUUUGUAUUUAUUGAUAUUAAAAAAAGUGGAAUUGAUGAUGGAUAUUUGAUUGAAUUAGCUAAAUCUUCCAAAUAUAAUCUUAAAUUGAUGGGAGGUAGAUUAGCAUUUCAUUUUCAAUUGAGUCAAUCAUCAGUUGAUAAAUUAAAACAAUGUCUUUUAGAGGCGUUUGAAUAUAGUAAAGUUCAUCCACCAAAGGUUAAUUUAAAGAAUAAUAAAAAGAUGUAUAAUUAUGAAGCCAUGACAAAAAGCAUAUAGGGUGGUUGGUGAUUAUAUCAUACCAUACCAUACCUUAACGUACCAUAUAGCAUAAGUAGGUUAAGUUCUACAAUUAAUAGAUAAUAAUAAUAAUAAGUAAUAACUAGAUACUUGUAAUUGUAAUAACUAGAUACUUGUAAUUGAUUGAUUGAUUAUGACGGUCAAGGUAAAUCUC